AUGGCAGAAGGCACUAGAGCAAAGGAUCAACUGGAAACACAAAAAAAAUUGGUGGAACAGAGGAUUCAAGAGGAGAUGGGGAAAAGGCAGGCAGUAGAGAUGAACCUUCAGGAGCAGAUCCACCAAAAUCAGCUCAGGGCUGAGAAAUCUUUUGAGAACCUGCAGAUCCAACUAGCCAAGAUUGCAGAAAGAAUGGAGGUUUAUCAUAGGGAUAAAUCCAUUAUGGGGGAGGGCUCAUCUGCAGGUAAUGGUUCAUUCCCACCUCAUAUUCAGCAUGAGAAUAUGAACAGGACUUUUCAGGAAUCCAGAUCCAACAGAAACAAUGAUCAAAUAGGACAUUCAGAUCCUUUUGCUGGAAAUUUCAACCCAAACCCUAGACUGGAAUUUCCUAGAUUUGAUGGGACAAACCCUAGAUCCUGGUUAUUCAAAUGCCAAGGAUAUUUUCAGCUAGUUACUAACCUCACUGAGAAACAGAAAGUAACACUAGCUGGUUUGAAUUUUGAAGGGAGGGCAGCAGUUUGGUUUAGCCAUCUGCUGCAACAGGGCAGUGACUACACUUGGGAUCAGUUUGUAGGGUUGGUGGCUGCAAGAUUUGAAGAGCUGAAAGAGGCUAAGGUUCUGUCUGAGCUGAUGAAGUUGAAGGUCACUACAUCUUUGGAGGAUUAUAUCAGUAGGUUUGAGGAGCUCAAAUCUUACUUGAUGAUGUUUAACACUAGGGUGUAUGAUGAGGAGUUUUUUAUGACAUGCUUUGAGAGUGGCUUACCUGAAGACAAUCAGCAGUUUUCCUCCCUUUUUGAAGCAAAAAAUUUGCAACAGGCCUUUGACCAAACCAGGAAACAAGAAGCACUACUGGAGGCUAUUGCAAAGAGGGGGAAAUUACACUCCAAACCAAUGACUUCACAGGCUUUUCAGCCCAAGAGGUUACUGCAACACAAUCAUCAAAACACACAGACUGCCUUAGUCAAGGCUAACCCAACUCAAGCUAAUCACCCUCCAAGGAAGAACCUCACAUUAUCAGAGAUGAGGGCUAGGAGGGAGAAGGGGUUGUGUUUUAAUUGUGAUGAACAAUACCAACCAGGCCACAAGUGCAAGUAUACUCAGUUGUACAUGGUGAUGACUAGUGCUGAAGAGGAGGCUCAUUUGUUGGCCAUGAGUAGCAUGGAACAAGUUGAGAAUGAGGAACAAAUGGAAAAUGUUGAAGUGUCCUUAAAUGCCAUUGCAGGGCAGAGUGGGGCAAGGACAAUUAAGGUACAAGGAGAGUUAGAAAAAGGGGCUAUCAAGAUCCUCAUUGACACAGGGAGCACUCACAGCUUUAUCUGUGAGCAGUUGGCACAACAACUCAAUUGUGUCACCACAGAGGCUAAACCCAUGCUGGUUACAGUUGCAAAUGGGGGAAAAAUGAUGAGUAGACAGGUGGUAGAAGGACUUAAAUGGUGGAUUCAAGGGGAGCCUUUCUCUUUUCCUCUGAGGUUGCUGAAACUUGGGGGUUAUCACAUCAUUUUAGGGUGUGACUGGCUGUGGGAAAACAGCCCAGUGAAGUUUGAUUACAAGAGAAGGUUCAUUAAAAUCAGGAGGGGGGAGCAGAAAUUGCUCAUUACUGCAGAAGAAGAGGGUAAUGAGAGUCAGUUGCUAUCCCUAACUCCUAUGGAGAAAAUUGGGCCCUACACCCCCAGCUUACAACUGUCAGUUCCUACUGAGAUAGCAGAAUUACUGAAGCAAUUUGAGGAACUAUUCUUAGAACCACAAGGACUGCCCCCUAUCAGAGGAACAGAACAUCAGAUCAUUCUCAAGCCUGAUGCUGUUCCAAAGCAAUUAUGCCCCUACAGAUACUCACAUUCAUCAAAAAAUGAGAUAGAGAGCAUAGUGGAAGAGUUGUUAAGAAAUGGGACAAUAAGGAACAGCCAGAGCCCUUUUGCUUCCCCAGUCCUGUUAGUUAAAAAAAAGGACCUGACCUGGAGGAUGUGUGUUGAUUACAUGUACCUAAACACUAUGACUGUCAAACAUGACUAUCCCAUCCCUGUGAUAGAUGAACUAUUGGAUGAGCUGAAUGGUCCAAAAUGGUUUACCAAAAUGAAUGGAUGA